AUGACGGCCCCAUUCCCGCAAGAAGCUUACGAAAUCACAACCCCGCGUCUCAUCAUCCGCAGUGCUGUGCCUGAAGAUGGCGAGGCACUCUACAACCUCCUCUCAACGCCUGAGAACCAACCCUUUGGUACAGUGCAACCCGAUAUCUCGCCAGAGAGCAUGAGCGCCCGCAUUGGGCGCUGGAAACCCAUGACCGUCGCCGGCGUGAACGCGUUCAUGAUGGUGACUCUCCGCGAGACAGGCCAGGUCAUCGGCAACGGCGGGUAUAACUGCUUCGAGGACGCGGAAGGUAACUCCGUCGCUCGGCAGGAGGGGGACACGGAACCCCGAGGCCGCCCGUACCUCACCGAUACGGGCGUUGUGCUCGAUCACCGGUACUGGGGCAAGGGAUAUGGACGGGAGACAUUGUGUGCCAAGGUUGAUUACGCAGUUGAAGCGCUUGGGUGCAGUGUUGUGCGUGUCGAGACGGCUGAUGAUAAUCAACCGUGGAGAGCUCUUAUGGCUUCUCUUGGCCUGGCGCCUCUUGAGACGAAGGGACCUGUUAGCUAUGAUGAAAAGAUUAUUGGGUGGGUGUACAGGAUUGAUGCGGAGACUUGGAGAGCAACAAGGGAUGACUUGAAAAAGAGAGGAAAGUGGCCGCUAUAG